AUUGAUUGCCAGGUGGUAUUGAUAGCGCUGUUGGCUGCAGCUGUGCACGCCGGAGCGAUCCACGGCGGCGGCUACUCCAGCUUCUCGUACGGCGUCUCCGACCCCCACACCGGUGACGUCAAGAACCAGCAUGAGAAACGCGUGGGCGACAGCGUCGUCGGCCAAUAUUCUCUUCUCGAAUCUGAUGGCACGAAAAGAACAGUCGACUACGCUGCCAAUCCUCACACUGGAUUUAACGCCGUCGUUCGCAAAGAUCCUGGUCUUGCUGUUCAUCCCGCCCCUGUGGCUUACGCCGGCGCAGGUUACGCCGCACACGCCGCCCCGCUAGCAUACACCGGAGUCGCUCCUUUGGCGUACUCUCAUGCGCCAGUAGUUUCCGCGUACUCGUCCACUGUUUCUCACGGCAGCCCGUAUGCCUACGGCGGUCUUUACAAAUCUUACGCUGCUCCUUAUUCCGCGUAUGGAGCAGGUUACGCUGGACAUGGCGGAUACGCCGGCUAUGGCGGUUAUGGAUACGGGGGACUCGGGUACAGGGGCCUCGGCUACGCGGGUCUCGGCCACACGGGUCUCGGCCACACGGGAAUCAGCCACACGGGUCUCGGCCACACGGGUCUCGGCCACACGGGUCUCGGCUACGGCGGUCUCGGUUACACGGGUCUCGGCUACAAGAGUCUCAGCUACGCUGGCUACGGACACGGCCUCAACGGAUGGUAAAACCUCAAAAUAUAAUCGCCCACCUUCCAAAGAACUUUGCUUGGAACAAGGACCUCUUCUAUUUACAUAAUCACUUAAAACUAUUUUCCUUUCUCUCCUUUCUUUAACAAUGAUGCUUGUUAUACAAACAAAUUGCAG